AUGUAUUAUCUUUUCCAGGACUACACGACGUACAUUCUCCAUCGUCUAUACCACACCCCGUGGCUGUACAAGCACUUCCACAAGCUCCACCACAAGUACAAGCAGCCAACCGCGUUCUCAGUGACAGCCAUCCAUCCCUUUGAAAUCAUGCACGUGCAGCUAACCAGCUGCUUGCCGCUCUUCUUGUUCCCUGUGCAUUGGUUCCCAUUCUACAUCAUCGCACUCUAUAACUACUACCACGGCAUCAUCGACCACUCGGGCAUCAACUUCAAGGCGCAGUGGUGGCAGCCGUGGCAGCCUGAUGCUGACUUCCACGACAAACACCAUGAGUUCUUCCAUUGCAACUUCGGGUUCAACAUGACGCUUUGGGAUAAGCUCCAUGGAACCAUGAGGAAGAUGAACAGGGUUUACACAGAGGAUACGUACCACGGUGAAGCGCCAGCCAUCGACACCCCUGAAGGCAAAGCCCUGAUUGACAAAGACCCAGAACUAAAAGAAAGCAUUGGCUCAUAGAUAAUAAAGAUUAUUAAAUAUUAAAUUCAUUAAAUGUUAAAUGUGUUCAUAAAAUAUUGUAUAAACAGUUUUGCAGUAAAAUUGUGAUACUCAUAAAUUAAAAUAUCAACAUAAUUAUAACCAAAAUGGGAUAAUUCAAAAAGUCAUAUUUUUUUAAUAAAAACAUGAAUAAAAUUGUUUCUGAUAUUCCGUACAUACUCGUAGCUUUAAGCUUUUUAAAUAUAGGCAAUUGUACCUACUACGUUGUUUUAUUCG